AUGUCACGAGACUCUCAAGAAUCUCGAGCGCUGAUCGUCUGGAGACCUAGAUACUUAUUCUUCCCUCCCGUCCAGGAACCUCCUCCUCCAACGAGGGUAUUCAGACAUGUGGACUUGAUCGAGGAAGAAGAAGCUCGGUGUAAGGAGUAUGAAAGCAUGAGGUCAUUCUUAGGUCCAAGUACUGCCCUCUUGCAUACCCCCAAUCACGAGAUCAUCUUCCCUCAGAUCUUUCUCAAUAACACUUUCCUUCGAUUCUUACGAAAUCCACCAAGACAAUUGCCGAUCAUUAAACUUACUUCUCAACACAGUUCUAACUAUGAUACUACUCAUUCUGAUUCCACCAAUGUACGCUCUGACCCUACCCGUCAAACAGAAGCCUAUAUCGAGGAAAUUCACGAAGAUAACGAAGAAGCUGAAUCUUCCUUAGAAAGUAUUGACGAGACAAGUACUUUUCCUUUCCCUAGUAAACAAAUCGAAUACGUUGCCAAUAAACCUACCAAAAUAACAUUGAAACGCAAAUCUCAAGAUAUGCAUGAAGAGGAUGAUGUGUUCUCAUCAAUUUACCAACCUAGCUCUGCUAACCUCUCAUCGAAGAAAGCUAAAUCAGAUGAUGAUGCGGCAAAAGAACAAUGGCGGGUCGGACGAAGACCAGGAUUCCAAGGAAGUUUCGUUGCUCCGAAAAGGACUAGCAGUGGCGAAGAGAACAGCAAUGAAAGUGUCAAUGACAGUGGAAAGAAAAGAACUCUAAGUCAGAAUAUCACAUCUUCCGCUGAAAAGGUACUCAAAAAACCAUUCAAACCUCCUACGAGGAUAUCACCAAGUAUUAAAUCUCGAUCAAAACCCCAAUUAAAGUCUCGUGAUCUGGUGGAAGUAUCAUCACCUUCCACUUCACCUACUGAAAAAAACCACGAAAAGAUCAAUACACCUUCAACACCUCAAAACAAAUUUUCUUUCCCAAAAGUCGAUCCCUUCUUUCCUGAUUUCCCUACUCCUCCAUCAUCUUCAUCUUCUCCUUCAAGAUCAGUCCAAAGUCGAAAAAUUAAACCGGUCAAACCAUUCAAAAGUCCCAUUAGGACGAAUCGAUCCAGUGCUCCUUCACCAUCUUCAAUUUCAACUACUAACAAACCCGGAAACAACACUGUUUAUCCUACUUCCAAGGUUUCUACUGAUGAAAAAUGUAAACUUCAGAGUAAAUACGAUGAGUUGAAAAAAUUGCAAAAUGAAGUUAUGAUAAGCAAACAAGCUAUCAAGUAUAUUCGGGAAGAUGAUAAUACUCGAUUGAAGGAAUUGAUUGAUAUGUGGAAGAAUGCAGGGAGGGAAGUGGUCGAAAAGUUAUUUGGAAUUGUUCCCGAACCGGUCCAAUCUGAUGGUCCGACGAAUAUGAAUUAUUCUAGUAGUAAUCAUCCAGUCUCGUCAUCAUACUGGAAUUCCUCGACUUCUUCUUCGUCAAUGUCAUCGGCAAUAGGUGAGGAUCAGAUGGAGUUCAUAAGGAAUGCUAGGAGGAACGAUAAUGGGGAUAUUAUAGAUGAUGAGGGUAAUGUCAUGAUGAUUGGUGAAGAUGAAGGUGAUAUCCAGCAAUUCUGGAAUAAUUUGGGAACAAACCAACAUUACAAUAAAAGCGAAUCCGGAAAUAGAUCAAGUAGAUAUCAAUACAAUUAUGAUAAGUAUGAUCUCAAUCAUACCAAGUAUGAUCAUGAAGACCAAAGCUCAUCAUACGAAAAUCAAUUUCAAGUAGAUAUCCAAUCAAAUGAACAAGGAUGGAACUACGCAAGGCUCAUGAAGAUGUUCAGUGUUGAUCCAGAUUUGUUUGGAUGGGAUCCAGUGGAAGAGGAUUGGAUGGAGCAAGACGAAGAAUAA